AUGUGGGCCUUGUUUUCAUCUCUAGUUGGUCUUCCGAAACUAUCAAUUAUAUCUUCAAAUACAUUUUCAUAUCUAAGAAAAUCAGCUUUUUGAUGUAGAAAUAACUGCAAUUACAUAGCUUUUAUCGAUAGUUUCUGACUUAUAUACACGUGUUGUUACAUUGCAGAGAUACAAGAACGGAGGUAUAAGAACGGACACAAGGCUCGGAUUGGACCACAAGAUUUUCCAACGUUGCGUUUACAGAAGUAGCUCCUCCCAUCUUUAGUAGGACAACGAAAUUACAGUUUGUGUGUCAACAAGUUAUUAUUAAUAAAUACAUGUAAAGAACAUAGCUAGCAACAACAUAUUUUCUACAUAUGUAUGUUGCAAUAUUCAACAAGUCAGUCUGAAAGUAACGUGUUCUAUUGAUAACCAUCGAGCUUGCCACAGGAAACUAACGUUUGCUGCGUUAAUAGCUAGUUAGCUACUUACAAUAGCUAGCAGUAACGUUAGCAGCUAACGCGUUAGCUAGCUUGUUUAGAUGUUUAGCCCAGUUGGAUGGAACGUAAACAACAGUUGAAGGGUGUGCUGGAAUAGCAAGUUCCCCCAUAUAUUCCAUCUGCUUCUGUGGGGAAACAGAUCACCAUGAACUGCCGUUCGGAGGCUCUGGAAGUGUCGGUGGAGGGAAGACAGGUCGACGAGGCCAUGUUGGCUCUGUUACACACUAUAUUACUGCAUCGCAGCACUGGGAAAUUUCAUUACAAGAAAGAGGGCACCUACUCCAUUGGCACUGUUGGCACACAGGACAUUGACUGCGACUUCAUUGAUUUCAGUUUUGUUCGUGUUUCUUCAGAUGAGCUUGACAGGGUCAUCAGGAAAGCAGUAGGAGAAUUCAAGGAUGCCAUGGGAAAUGGGACAGAUGGAAUGGGACAAAUCUCACUGGAGUUCUACCAGAAAAAAAAGUCCCGGUGGCCUUUCUCCGAUGAGUGUAUUCCCUGGGAGGUCUGGAGCAUUAAGGUCAAUGUCGUCAACCUGGCCAACGAGCAGGAGAGACAGAUCUGCCGGGAGAAAGUGGGCGAGAAGCUGGGUGAGAAGGUGAUCAACAUCGUGGAGGUGAUCAACCGGCACGAGUACCUACCCAAGAUGCCCACCCAGUCGGAAGUGGACAAUGUGUUCGACACCAGCCUCAAAGACGUCCAGCCUUACCUGUACAAAAUCACUUUUCAGAUCACUGAUACGCUGGGCACCUCAGUGAGCACCACCAUGAGAAGGCUAAUAAAAGACACCUUAGCACUGUGAGGGCACCUCAAGAUGAUGUGCAUCUUAAAACAUGGCUGUGGGUAGCCUGGUUCCAAAUCGUUUUGUGCUGUCUUGUCAACUCUUAUGGUUGUGACCAUUGGAUGACUAUAGAAGUUGGCAAGACAACACAAACAGAUCUGAGACCAGGCUAAAUUGUGGGCUUUAUUGACUAGGGGAUGUAAUUGCUUAAAUUAAAGGUUAUACAAAUGCUGCCAUAUACACAAAAUUAUAUUCAAUUUCUUUUAACUCAGUUUCUUUUUUUAAGAGCUUCCACACAAAUUCAGAGCACAAAUUUAAAUACAUAUUUUGUUAGAACCUAACAUCAAAAUGUUCCAUCUUUCAAAUCUGAAUAUCAAUAUCUGUGGUUACUGCGGUCUCAAUAAAUGUACAAAUGUAAUCUGAGGAUACAGUUAUCAUGAAACAAACAAAUCAUUGAUAAAAUUUUUUAAUCUUAUUUUAAAUCCUCUUUUCCAGAUGUACUGUAAUUAACAAGCCAUCACAACCACAGCAACCCCAAAACAUCUGACUGUUGUAUAGGAACUAUUUUCCAAAUCCCGCCUUUUCCCCAAGGGCAACAGUCUUGCUUUCACAUGUUCUUAAAUUUUUUAACCCUUGGUUGGCAAGAUGACACAAACAGAUCUGGGACCAGGUUAAAUUGUGGGCUUUAUUGGCUAUGGGAUGUAAUUGCUUCAUUGACAUGGGCAUUUGCAGGCCUGUGGGUGUCUUAACUAUUAGUUAGAAGCACUGAUAGUACGCUAGAAGUACAACCACCCAAUGUCUAAUCAGAAAGUAAAAUCAGUUUUAUUCACAUUUGUAAGCAGUCAUUUUAGGAUCCUAGUUAUCUCUAUUCUUUCUCCAAAUGCCUUUGUCAACACUGAAACAUGACCUUUCACAUCCGAUAGUACAGAGUAUAACAUUGUCAAGUAUCAUUUUUGCUUUUAUGUUUUUUGUAUGAACAAAGUGCUGCAAGGAGCAUGUCUGUCUGAAACAGGUUUUCAUUUAAUAACUGCUUUAUGGAAGUUUUAUAUUUUCAAGUAAUUGUAAAGUCAUUUUCUUAUUUAUGUUUGACAUUUGCUUUAAGAAAAUGAUGUGCAGAAAGAUGUUUCACUUUUGAAAAUAAAAUGAUCACCUGAAUUAA